UAACAAAAUGGCGAAAGUUGUGAUAGCAGGAAGGGCAGACUGCCCCUACUUUGCACGAGUGGAGCUCAUUGGCGACAGGCUGUCAAAGAAUUUACCAGAUUUCAAGCUGCACAAGAUAGUUAAAACUGAUGAUGAGUGGGAGAAAUGGCUUGAUGAGACUUGCAAUGUACGAGGUUGGAGUCAUAAGAAGUCACCACUCAUCUGGCGUGAGUUGAUUGAUAGGGGGGGCAAAGGAGUCCUUAUUGGGGGAGCCAAUGAAUUCCAGGAGUAUGUGACAGGCUACUAUGGUGUCCUGUCUGAAAUGACCAGUGAUGACAUGACCAAAGUUGCUGAAGAGAACAAGGUGACGAAGACAGAAGUUGAUGCGGAGAUAGAAGCGCACCGUGCACUGAGUCAGCCUCUUGCAGUGUGCAUCACCAACGCCAGUAGUCCAGUCUGCUACAGCCUCAUCAACCUAAUUGCCAGUGGGGAGGUUUUUGGAGAGUCAACAGAGGUUGCGAUCAGACUCCAUGAUUCUGAAGAGAAGAGGGAAUACCUAUCAGUUGAAAUGGAGGCCUAUGAUCUGGCACAUGGUCUCCUGCGAGAUGUGAAGGUUGUGUCUGAUGUGCGUGAAGCUUUCACAGACAGCAGUAUCAUCCUGCUGUUGGAUGAGCUGGAGAUUCAGGAGGAAGAGCCCAGAGAGAAAUGGCUGAAACGAAAUGCAGAGCACUUCACUAACUAUGCUUCUGUCAUAAAUGAUGUUGCAGCUAAAAAUGCCAAAGUGUUACUGGCCGGAAAUGGACCGCUUAAUUUCAAUGCUUGUAUGAUGUUGAAAAAUGCACCAAACAUUCCUCGUCAGAACAUUGUAGCUCUGUCACGAAUGGUAGAAAACUGUGCUAAGUCUGUUGUUGGAGAUCGAUUGAGUGUGAACCCAGCAGGUGUGGUAGACUUGAUCGUGUGGGGAAACAUCAACAGUAAACACUUCAUUGAUGUCACCAAGGCACGUGUCCAUGGUUACGACGGGGCAAUAUGGGGGCCACCAUCUUACUCUGUGUCGGCACAGGAGAUGAUCCACAAUGAUAAGUGGAUAGAAAAGGAGUAUGUGGAGCUGGUGGAAGCACGCAGAAGUGUGGUGGAGGCAGCUUUAGGUCACCCUGCCUCCAUGGCACAAGCCAACGCAGUGGCCACCACACUCAAGCAUUGGACGAAUGGCACGCCGACAGGGCAGAUGUUCUCCCUUGGUGUCUGUUCUGAAGGUUGGUAUGGGAUCCCAGAAGGUUUAGUCUUCUCCUACCCAGUGACGAUGCACCCGAAAGGUUACUUCACAGUUGUACAAGACAUUGACCUGUCUGAGGACACCAAGAACAAGCUUCAAGAUGUUGUGCAGGAGCUGACUCAGGAGUUGGAGGUGAUGUUCCCUCCCCCAUGUCCUGCACCCUCAGUGGAGGCAGCUGGACAGACUGAGGAGCCAGAAGAGGUCAAGCCAGAAGAGGUCAAGCCUGAAGGGGAAGAUGGAGCUCAGCAGGAUGGGCAGACGGAGGAGAAGGAACAAGAGUCUGUUCAGGAGGCGACUGUAGAUGAGGGAGGAACUGAGAAGACACAGGAUGGGGAGGAUGUAAAACAGGAAACACAGCCAACAGAGGGGGAGGCAACAUCAUAAGGAACAGCCAACCAUGCCAAA